AUGAGAGACAGAGCUGUUUAAGGAUAAUAAUUUAAUAUCUCGAAAUAAAAAAAAACGAUAUAAAAGAACUAGAAGAUUUUUCGCAAGUAACUGAGAUUGAAUUUAGCUAUGUAGAAAAAUCAAUUGGACCUUUCGGAGCUGAAAAUUUGGGAAAAGAAAUUUCAAAAUAUUUUAAUCUAAAAUCUUUGGUAAUCUUUUUAGAUUGGAAUUAAAUUGGACCUGAAGGAGCAAAAUAUCUAUUAACUGAGUUAUAAAACUGCAAAGGCCUUCAAUCUUUAAAGCUCUAUCUAUCGUAAAUAUUUUUUAAGUUUUAUAAUUACUACAGUUUUAAGUUUAAAUUAAUUAGGAGAUGAAGGUGUGAUUAAUGUAGGUAAUGGAGUAUCAGUAUUGAAUAGAUUAAAUCAAUUAACUCUAUACCUUUCUAGAAAUAAUGUUACUACUAAAUCCUCUUUAUAUCUAAUCGAUUAAUUAAUAAAAUGCUCUAAACUUAGGUAUCUAAAACUAUCACUCUCGGGAAAUGGAAAUGCAAUAAGAUAGCUUAAUUAAAAAAUAUAUUAAAGACUAAUAAAAAAUUUAAAAUAUUUAGUUGUGAAAAUAAUUUAUUUUUGA